UGUUGAUCAGAAGACGAUGGCUGGAUAAACUCCCAAAUUGAAUCCGAAAUUCUUGCUUAACAACUAGUUUGCAMCGAAUGAAGCKUUCCUCCUAAAACCCAUGAUCAAAGUUCGUUCGACUGUCGUUCGUAUGGGUUAUCUAGGGGCUAUCCGCAGGUGGCUCAAGUUAGACGAGCCUUGAAUAUCAAUAUCAGCACUCUGUCUUGGUGAAGUUUGACUACAACUUUGAAGAUGAUCAUCGUUGCUACUGCUUUCAUUGUUCUCAAGGUGUUCUUCUCAUAUAAUUCAGGUGUGGUCAGUGUUGAACUUUCCAAAAGUCAAGSAAAUAACCAGUGGUACCGAGAUGGAGUCGAUCUCAUCCGAACAAAUCUCAAAGUCAAAGAAAACCGUGCGACCGCAAAGAAUGCUAUCAUGUUUCUUGGAGACGGYAUGGGAAUCAGUACCGUGACMGCUGCGCGUAUUUUAGAAGGACAAAUGCGUGGCAAAACAGGAGAAGAAAAUUUCCUAAGCUUUGAGAAAUGGCCCUGGACGGCUCUUUCUAAGACAUACAACACGGAUUUACAAACUGCKGACUCAGCUGGAACUGCGGUCGCUUACUUGAGUGGUGUUAAAACAAGAGGAGGGGUGAUUGGUGUAGACGAAACUGUACGUCGUGGGUACUGCUUGGAUAUUACGGAAGCCAGUAAAGUUAAAUCAAUACUGACAUUUGCUGAAGAAGCCGGGAUGUCAACAGGAUUCGUUACAACAGCUCGCGCUACUCAUGCUUCUCCUGCGGUCUUGUAUGCGUAUACUGCYGACAGGGGUUGGGAAUACAGCACCAGUAGCGCUAAAGAUAACGGGACUAGCUGUAAAGAUAUAGCUCUUCAACUAGUAGAAUACUCUGAGGGUGAUGGCAUCGAUGUAGUCUUUGCUGGCGGAAGAAGAGCAUUUUAUCCGAACACAGUACCAGACCCUGAAUACCCUGACAAAAAUGGCACGAGAUCCGACGGUCGUAAUCUUAUUAACGAGUGGUUGGAGAAAAAUCCCGGUGCGGUCUAUCUGUGGAAUAAGACUGACUUUGAUUCWUUAGACGUUAAUAAAGUAAAGCGAGUGAUGGGGCUUUUUCAGCCUAGUCAUAUGCAGUAUGAGGUCGAACGAGCCAGCGACGCAGCCGGAGAGCCKUCAAUAGCAGAAAUGACAGAAACUGCUAUCAAGAUACUUAGUAAAAAYCCCAAAGGUUUCUUCUUAUUUGUUGAAGGUGGUCGUAUCGACCAUGGUCACCAUAGCAGCAAAGCUGUCAAGGCUUUGACYGACAAYGUUGCCAUGGCAARAGCUGUUACCAAGGCAAUUAGUAUUCUGGACRARGAAGAAACACUAAUGGUGACUACCGCUGAUCAUAGUCACGUGUUCAGCAUGGCGGGAUAUCCACGACGUGGAAAUCCCAUAUUUGGUAUUGUUAUUGAACCCGACAAUACUACUGCAAUUGGCAARGAUGGGUUACCKUAUACAACCUUGGGCUAUGCCAAUGGACCCGGGGGCCUGGUCCCGGGUACUAAUAGGAGUAACUUAACGGGUGUUAAUACCGMUGACAAGGACUUUAAACAGCARUCUCUYGUCUUGAAGUCUAGUGAGACGCAYGGAGCUGAAGAUGUUGGUAUCUACGCCACAGGCCCUGGUGCCUAUUUAUUCCACGGCGUUGUUGAACAAAACUAUAUCUUCCAUGUAAUGGACCACGCCCUUUGUCUUACACCAAGCAAACAAGGCACGUGUUUGAAGCAUGUGCAACGGGGUGGGAAAGCGCCCACCUCAAAACCCAAACCUCCUUCAUCGGCUGUUGCUAUGAGCGCCUGGGGCUAUUUAGCUAUCUUCUUAUUGCUAUCUCUUAGCCUGUUGAUACAAUAUAUUAGUGAUUGUUAGUUUUUCUACUUUGUCUGGAGAAUUCGAAGAUCCAUUACUCUGUUUUCCUUGCAGCCGAGCAAAUAUAUCAUUUCCGUAGAAAAUACAAUUUGGACACACUAAAAAACCGACGUCCCAAAACUAGAAAUAUCCGUACGUACGUUUACGUAGCAUAGCGGUGUCCCUCAUAGGCACUCACAUGAYAURUGAUUCCUUGUUUUAAAUAAACCAGAUUUUCAUCUCUUUUU